GUGUUUAUUGGGUUUCUCGUUCUGCUUGCAGGUUAAUUAUUGUUUGGCAACGGAGUGGAGUGUUUGUUGAGGUUUUGGUUCCCCAAAAUUUGGAGCUGCUCACCAUGACGGCGGUUAGCUUUGUGAAUAGGAGAUAUACCCGCCUCUGGCCGAUCCUUAUACUCCUCUGUGUGGCUCUGCUGCUACUUUGGAAGAACCUACAGCAGGCAAAUCAACUUACACAGAAUCGUCAGAUCAAGCGGGAUUUAUCAAAGCCAAAUUGGUCAAUGUCGGUGGAUUUUUCUCCAGCUGAUUACCUGGACUGUGAGGAACCAAUAAGGAUAACUGCCAGACAGGAUUCCCCACGCACCCGAGAACUGCAACGCCUGGUUAAGUGCCGGAAUCGUCCACUCCGCUUCCAGAGACUCCAGCACGGUGAAUUCUGGUUGCUCCAGAAUUUGGUGAUUGGGCGAAAGAGCCGUCAAGUUGGCUGCUCGGAGUCCAUUACUUAUACAACAAAUGGAGAUUAUACAUUCUUUGAUAACCUGGAAACGGUGGUCGAACGCUGGGGUGGUCCCAUCAGCUUUGCCAUUCAUGCACCUGGCUAUGAUCUGAAUGCCACUUUGGAUGCCAUUCAGUAUGUCCGAAACUGUUUGCCCGGCAGUGAGGCCAUCAGCGAUUGGGUAAGCUUUCAUGUCUACUUCUCCAACCAACAUAUGCCAGAGAAUGUGCCUUACGACGAGGAUGAGGUCCUGAAUCGGCCUUACUUCUGCACUCUGCCCGAUGGCUCCUUGAUUCCACCUCCUUAUACACUCAUCGAUCGCAACGAUAGCUACAAGGUGAAGGCCAAUCUCACCUAUCCCAUAAAUGUGGGCAGGAAUAUUGCGAGGCAGGCGGUCAAUACACAUUUUAUUUUCGCUUGCGACAUUGAGUUGUACCCCAGCCUGGGCUUUGUGAAUCAAUUGGACAUGGUGGCCCAGAAUCAUAGUGUCCUGGCUCUGGAUCCCAGCCAGCCGCGACGGGUGUAUCUGGCAGUCUUCGAGAUUGAGGCCGAAGCUCAAGUACCUGGCAACAAGUCUGAGUUACUGGAUCUCUAUAGGAGGCAGAAGGCACAGAUCUUCCAUUUGAAGCUCUGUUCCACCUGUCACAAGGUUCCCGGUCAACAGGAUUGGCUUAAUCGGGCACCCAGUGUCAAGGAUCAUCUGGAGUUAUUCAGUGUGGGACGUAGGAAGCAAUACCGAGCCUGGGAGCCCUUCUAUGUGAGCGACAACACGGAGCCGCUGUUUGAUGAACGGGUUACCUGGGAGGGGCAGUCCAAUAAGCGAAUUCAGAACUAUGCCAUGUGCUUAUUGGGCUACGAAUAUCACGUCUUACAUCCAGCUUUCUUGGUGCAUAGUCCCGGCAUCAAGAAACUAACCAAAGCCUCGGCAACCCGCUUGAAAUGCAAAGAAAUGACCAAGUUUAUUAAGGCCAAGAUCGAGCCCGAAUACCGAGUGCUUUAUGGACAGAAUGUAGCCUGCAGGACGUGACAAUAAGUAUAGGUUUCUUUUCCCCCAUUAACUAGUGUAUUUUAAGUGUUACAAAUUGUUAAAUACUUUGAUUGUUAACAGAAAUAUUUAUUUAAUUUAUUAUGAAACCCAAUUCAGAAGUAUUCAGAUUCUAAGCUGUUGGUAAAUAAUUUAAUCGUUGGCAAUGCGUCCAAGCUCUGAGGCUAGAAGAAAUUAUGACACGUUCCUGGUUCCUAUGUUUAGUCAACGAGUAGUCCUGAAGAAGGAUAUUCAAGAAUAUUAAUUUUAAAGAACACAAUACAUAAUUUUUUUUAUUUUUUUUUUAAACAAUGAGUACCUUACUUGUUGCCAAGUGUGAAUAAUUUAAUGUAGUUAACUGCAUACAAUAAAAAGUUAGGUAAAUUGGAUACAAAUAAACAUUAGGCACUCUAUAUUUAUAUAAAACAAGAAGGAAACAAUAAGCUAACUUUGGAAAACAAAGUUUGUAUUUCCUUGUAGUAUAACCAUGGAAAUGAUCAUAACUAACUUAGUUAAACUAAGACAAAAAGGCUUCAAAUUCAAUUCGGAAAGCUUUACAAUGCUAGUUUUAAUUAGGCUAACAAA